AUGUCUCAGAAACAUGAUGACAACUCGGUUCCUCGUUUGCUUGAUGAUUCCAAUAUCGGGAAUGGGGCAUUGUCACCAGAGGAUACAGCGCCGCUUGAGCCGGGCUCGACGGAUGCGGCGAGUGUCGAGGAUUCUGAAAAAUCGAUCAUGGCGGCGACGAAGUCUGGCACCAAUCUGGACACGCUGAUCGGUCGAUUGGUGAUUGAUCAGGGACUCGCGACGAGCGAUGAGGUCAAGCACUGCAAGACCAUGGCUCGUGGAGAGGGUGAAGGUCCAUCAGAAAAAUCGCUGGCGCAUGUGCUGGUCGAUAAAGAGUUCAUCACCAAGCGUCAGCUCGCUCGAUUGCGUGAAGCGAUUGAAGCUGAGCGGUCUGGGAACAAGAUCUCUGGAUACAAAAUCCUUGGGAAGCUCGGCGCGGGCGCGAUGGCGACGGUGUACAAAGCGAAGCAGGUGUCGCUGGAUCGUUUGGUGGCGCUUAAGAAGCUUCCCGAGAAGUUCUCGCAGAAUCCACAGUUUAUUGAGCGGUUCUUUGCAGAGGGACGCGCGGCGGCGCAGCUCAAUCACCCCAACAUCGUGCAGGCUUUCGAUGUGGGGAACGAGGGUGAUCUGUACUACUUCGUGAUGGAGUACGUCGAGGGACGCACAGUUCACGAGGACAUUGUUGAGCAUAAACGCUUCGAUGAACGACAGGCGGUUGAGAUCAUUAUCCAGGUUGCGGAGGCGCUUGAGCAUGCUCACCAGCGUGGGUUGAUCCACCGCGACGUGAAACCCAAGAACAUUAUGAUCACCAAAGAGGGUGUGGUGAAGCUCGCGGACAUGGGUCUGGCGCGAGGGAUCAGUGAUGUGGAAGCCGCGGAAGCGGAGGCGGGGCGUGCGUUUGGUACGCCGUAUUACAUCUCACCUGAGCAGAUCCGAGGCGAGAAGGACAUCGGACCUCCGGCGGAUAUCUACUCGCUUGGGACGACGCUGUAUCACAUGGUGACUGGUGCGGUGCCGUUUGAGGGCAAGAGUCCCAGUGCGGUGAUGCAUAAGCAUCUUAAGAGCGAGCUUGUGCCGCCUGAUCAUGUGAAUCCCAAGCUCAGCGCGGGGAUCAGCGAGGUCAUCGAGAUGAUGAUGGCGAAGAAGGUCCGUCAUCGCUACCAGAACUGCACGGAUCUGCUUGUGGAUCUGAGGGCGCUCAAGAACGGCGAGGUGCCUCCGAUCGCGCACAAGGAUGUGAUGGCGGAGGCGGAUCUGACGGCGCUCGCUCAGGCGGAAGCGGCGAUCACGACCCCGAUCCAAGAGAACACGGCGAAGAAGGACAGCAAUGGGGUGGUGGAUCGGUUGCUGUGGCCGCCGUUUUUGAUCGUGCUGGCGCUGCUGCUGGGGUCGUUGAUUGGCAACUUGCUGAUGGUCGGCGAAGCUGCCGGCUCCGAUCUGCACGGCGGAUGCGCCGGCGAGGAUGAACUCCGCGGCGUCUUCCCAUCGGGUCACGCCUCCGGCGGCGAUGAUUGGGGUGUUGGUGUCUUUGGUGAGCUGCGAGUAGACGAGGUGGACGAGUCGGAUGGGUUUGCGGGUGUGGACGUCGAUCCCCAUCGCGGGGACGGUGUUGCAGAGGGUGAGUCCGUCGACGCCGCAGUCCACGGCGACGCGGGCGAGGUCGACGAUGGUGUGUGGGGUCCCGACGGUGAUGGGGGAGAGCUUGACGAAGAGCUUGGUGUUUGGUGUUUGAGAUCGGACGGCGGUGACGAGCUCGGUGAGGGCGGCGGGGUCAGCGCCGAACUCGAGUCCGGAGUGGACGUUGGGGCACGAGACGUUGAGCUCGAUUGCGGGGAUGGACUGGACCUGGUCCAUAGCGGAAGCGAUUUGGACGUAGUCUUCUAUGGAGUCUCCGGCGACGGAGGAUCGGCGAGCGGAGUGCUAUGCCGGAGAGUGAGGUUGCACGAAAGGAGCCAUGCUGUGGAUCUUGAUACGAGAAUCAAUCAGUUUCAAUCAUUGAUCGAGUCCGAUCCGGACAACGACAUGGCGCAUUUUUCGCUUGGCAACGCGUUGCUUCAGGCGGAGCGGUUUGAUGAAGCCGCGGCUUCGUUUGUGCGCUGCACGGAGAUCAAUCCGGGGAUGACCAAAGGGUACGAGCUCGCGGGUCGGUCAUACAUAGAUUCGGGGAACACGGAGCAGGCGAAAGAGGUCCUGACCAAGGGGUACGUCGAGGCGGUCACGCGUGGGGAUAUGCUCCCCAAGAAGGCGAUCGAAGGGAUGCUCAAGGAGAUCGAUGUGCCGAUUCCCGAUGUUGUUCAGACUCCAACUGAGUCGGAAGAUGUUGCGGGCGGGGACUUCCGGUGCGGGAAGACUGGGAAGAUGGGGCAUCAGAUGCCGCGUCAGCCGUUCCGUAAUGGGAUGGGGCAGUGGAUCCACGAGAAUAUUUCGAAGGAGACGUUCGACGAGUGGAUUAUGAUGGGAACGAAGAUCAUCAACGAGCUCCGCUUGGACCUGUCGCGCGAUGAGCAUGACGCGGCGUAUGAGUACGCGAUGCGGCUGUAUCUGGGAUUGACCGAUGAGAUCUACCAGUCGGUGAUGGAUGGGGCGACGCCUCCUAUGCCAGAUGCGCAGUUUAAGGGUGUCAUCGAGGACAUCAUGGCGAUGGGCGGGCAUCUUGAGAGCGAGCAGGGGAACCUGCAUACACGCCAGGAUCAAUCCGAUGAGCGGUCUAUGCACACCGACCCUUCAGUGAAUCAGAACGCGCCGCUGAGUAUUGUCGUUGAUGAUGAGUACGAUACCGAUCGUGGAUGGUCGUAUGUGGUUACGCUCUCGUGGAAAUCUCGCGGCACGACGGAGCAUGAGAUCACGCUGAGCUGGGUGGAUCACGAUCAACUGUCUGGGGGGUUGAUGCCUCCGAGUCGAUUGGUCGAGCGGGUCGCGGAGGUCGCGGCGACGGCGAUGGGUGUGGACGAGCUUCCAAAGCGAUUCGAUGUGUCUUCGAUGCGGCGAGCGAUCCCCGAGUUUGAACGGCUCAUGCGCGGCUAA